GCUUCCAGAAAUGUUGCCGAUGGUCAUGGUCUUCCUCUUCUGCCUUGCAAUGAGAAAUAAAAAAGAGUCUUGCAUUGUAUGCAGUCUUCAAACUUGUAAUUUCAGAUAAGCCACAAGCCACUCACGAUAUUCAUUAGGGAAGGCCAAGAAACAGGGGAUAACUCAACGUUGAAAAUCGUUCUUAUCACAAUGCAAAUAUAGUAAUUUGUGUUUUUGUUUAACAAGCUUAAUAAUCGAGCUCGUUCGUUUAUGACCGAACCUAUGAUGCACCCCAUUCAAACAAAAUUAUGUUUACUUAGGACUUUGACUCGUUUGGCUGACUUUGGUCAAAGUCGUCACCAACCUAUAGAACAAUGGAACUCAAAAUCCAGGCAACCGAGCGAACAAUGCGUGAGAACCAAUACUGUUACAACUUACAGGAGAUGCAAUAAUUGUUCCCAAUAUCCAUAGAAAUGACGCAUGCUCUUAUUUUCGUUCUUCUAAUCGUGGGUUCCUGCAUCGUCAUCGAUUCAGUCCACGCGCUAUCGUCUCUCCUCGGAGUCCACCCUUUAGAUGAAAGGUACUAUGCUUCUAAGGUCAUCAAGUGCAAGGACGGCUCUAAGUCCUUUGCCAGAGACCGUCUGAACGACAAUUUCUGCGAUUGUGUCGAUGGAACCGAUGAGCCCGGAACUUCAGCCUGCCCUGCUGGCAAAUUUUACUGUAGAAAUGUUGGAAGUACUCCUCGAUUUAUUUUCUCAUCUCGUGUUAACGAUCUUAUUUGUGAUUGUUGUGAUGGAAGCGAUGAGUACGAUGGUCAUAUGAAGUGCCCAAACACAUGCUUCGUGGGUGGGAAUUUGGAGUACAAGGCUGGAAACUAUAUCUCAACGAUUAGUGAUCUGGGCUCCAAUGACAUUCCUGAGUUCAAAACUGGAGUUAUUUUGCCAGACUAUAUCCCCAAGGUUUGAAGAUCAUAAUAAUCGUACAGGUCUUCCUCAUUAGUUGUGUUGUGAUCUACCCAAUUUACCAUCGUCGCGCCAGAUCUAGAAAAAGGCGGUACCAUUGAAGAAGGGACCCCAUCAAAAUGCUGCUCUGCUCGUCGUAAAGCAUAUCUUGUACUUCGACCUUAAUUACAUAGUUUUUCCCCCUUGUCUAUACAAAAUGCUAAGGAGGAUUCCAAUGUUUUUUUA